ACACACAUUUCAACUAACUGAACUCAACUCAACUCAUAUAGUCUUGACUCAUAUUGUAUAUAUAUUCGAACCCACUUCGUACACUUGAUUACUAGCUAGGUAGUAGUGUUAAAAUGCAUUAUCAAACAGGGUCGUCAUGGGGGGUUUCAUAUUUGGCAGCAGCAAGGAGUGUGGUGGUGGUGAAUAGUGGUGGUGGUGGAGAUCCGCUGGAGCGCAUCGAGAGGUUGGCGUCAGGGAACGCGGUUGUGAUAUUCAGCAUAAGCAGUUGUUGCAUGUGUCACGCUAUCAAGAGGCUCUUUUGCGGCAUGGGGGUCAAUCCUACGGUUUAUGAGCUAGACCAGGACCCCAGAGGCAAAGAAAUGGAGAAGUCACUCAAGAGGCUUAUUGUCGGAAGCACCAGUUCUUCUUCUUCGUUGUCGGGUGUCCCAGUCGUGUUCAUCGGAGGCAAACUGGUGGGUGACAUGGACAGGGUCAUGGCUUCUCAUAUCACUGGCACUCUCGUCCCACUUCUCAAGGCCGCCGGAGCUCUCUGGCUUUGAGAGAGAAAGAGAGACAACUUACUACUACAGACUAUACCACUACUAUACUACUACAGUAAAAGAUAUUUUUGGAGAGAGAAAUGUUAGAGAUUAUGAAAAUUUUGUCAUGAAAAGGAUCAUGAAAAAUUUGUGACCCUUAGAUUACCUUGAUUAGUGUGUGGUGCUUUAUUGUAAGUGUAAUCCAAAGGUCACAAAUCUUUCAUGAACAUUUUCAUGAAAGACUUUUCAUGAUACCCAACAUUACUGUUUUGGAGAAGAGGAAGAGGAGUGGUUUUCUGGCUCUGCUAUUUUGGAUGCCAUUUAGUUUCAGUUUUUAAAAAAUUUCCUUUUUGGUUUUUUUUAUAUUUUUAUAUUUUUACUAAUUUUUAAAAAUAUUUUAAAUAAUUGUUUUAAUU